AUGUUCGUGGAAAGUACAGCAUCAAUGGCUACAAGAUCCGAAUGGGCCAGAUCCUUUGGAUUUAAGGGUCCAACAUCGGCUGAGGUGGUCGCAAGAUAUGUUAUCAACUUAGGAAUGAUAAUCGAAUACAGGCUCGUAGGUCUCAUGUCUCGACGUGAUCGGCGUCAAGCCAUGAUCCGAGUGAAGACGUUCGCUUCCAUCUUCGCUCGCCUCCGCCCCAGAGAUCGUCUCGGUCUCGCAGUUAAAAUACCAUACACAGCCGUCCUUCUUCCCUCCGACCAUGCUACUUUUAUCACUGCGACUUGUACUCAUGUAAAUUGUGGUUAG